AUGCCGUUUGGAGCAGGGCAUUGUGUGGGGAUCCCGUCCCCACUGGAGGUGUCCUUGACGAAUCUUUCGCUGUCAUGUAUCUUCAUGGUCUUCACCUUAGUCGGGAAUAUUCUGGUUAUCAUGGCAGUGGUGGUCAACCCGUACAAAGACCUGCGCUCUCCCUUCACUUUACUUAUUGCAAACCUCGCGGUGGCGGAUUUCCUAGUGGGUGCGCUUAUGGAACCGUUGUCUAUCUAUAUACAUUACCGCGAAUCGAAAGGCCUCAGUAUCCAGAUGGCGUGGCUCUCCCAGACGACCUACUUUCUUUGCUGCACCGCAUCGCUCCUCAGCCUUGCCGUCCUGACCGUCGACCGCUACCUGGCCAUCACCAGGCCCGUGUGGUACCGCGCAGAAGUCUCCUUAAAACGCGUCCUCUUGACCUCGCUCGCGACGUGGGUCCUGUCCAUGGCAAUCACUUCAUUAUACUUCUUGGUCGGCUUUGUAUCGUACGCAUUUAUGUUCGCAAACGUCGCCAUUCUCUCUACUUUCCUCGUCUUUAUCUUCACUUAUGUACGGGUAUUCCAGAUACUUAAGGAACAGAUGGAAAAUUUGAGUGCCAUGGAAGGGGUCAACGCGGCCGCCGAGCGACGCCAUAUCGAUCGCGAGGCCCGUAUCACCCAGACUUACAUGACUGUACUUAUCGUAUUCCUCGCUUGCUAUGUCCCGUCAUGCAUCAUGAUCUACCUUAUGAACAUGUGCAGUACGUGCUCCUGCGAGCUCAUUCAUUGGUUCAGAGAUCUACAGUAUAUCCUGGUGGUCGUGAAUUCUCUGAUAAAUCCGCUGGUAUACGCGAUAAGGAUGCCGAACUUCCGCCGAGCAAUACUGGCAAUGUUUAAGGUCUCUAUGUGUUGCCAUAGUAACAUUGUAAGACCUCCAGAAGAUUUGAAUGCUUCCACAAUCGCCACCCAGUCUGUCUUCAUCACAACUUCUUAACAAGAUACUUGCACGUAUAAACACCAGGAUGCGUACAUAUAGAUAAAGUGGUUUCAUAAACCCAAACACACCCGUUAAGUGAACUAUAAUAAAGUGUAAUAGUAUAAAAAGAUCUGGGCGCCCGUUACAAUAGCCCCAGCUUUUUCGCGCAGCCUUUCAAACAGAACAAACUACGAACGAGUUCGCGUUUUCGCGCAGCCUUUCCAACAACGAGUUUGCGUAUUCUAGGAUAGAAAACACUGAAAUUCAACAUAACCGGCAGAUUUGCAGGCUAGGUACAGAGUACCACUAAAAUGAAUACAUAAAAUCUAAUCUAAUACAGCCUAAUAGGAGACUAUGGAUAAUAUGCAGUUGUAGAUCAAUCAAGCAAUCGCUUUAUACAUGUUACGCUUUAUGCAUUUUAAACCGCGUUCAAGUGAAAAUAAAUGUACUCAGAAAAGUGGGUUAGCCCUGACCCCUCAGCCC